GUUCUUCAUUACUAGAUGCGUUACAUUAAAGUUCACUCUAAUCUCUCUUUCUCUCUCUCUCUAUCGCUAUGGAUUAAGGUCUACAGGUUUCAAUCGGUGAAGCUGUAAAGUUGCUAACUAAAAUCGAUAUACAGUCUGUAGAUCGUUGUAAUUGAAGAAUAUGGAGGCAUCGUCUUGGCCUUCAAAAGCGAAGGUUGAUGAAAUAAGGAAGACGGUUGCUGAACUAUCAGCUAGAAGUGCUGAUGAGGUGAAAAUUGUAAUAUCUCCUUACAGAAUUUGUCCAUUGGGAGCACACAUUGAUCAUCAGGGUGGAACCGUUACCGCUAUGACAAUUGACAAGGGCAUACUUCUGGCUUUUGUUCCUUCAGGAGAUUCCCAGGUUUUACUACGUUCAGGACAGUUUAAAGGAGAAGUUAGAUUCAGUGUUGAUCAAAUUCUGCUCCCAAGGAAUGAGAUUAUAGAGAGUGCUCAAAAAAGUAACGUAGAACUAGAUGAAGAAUGUAAAUGGGGAACCUAUGCUAGAGGAGCUGUAUAUGCACUACAAAGAAGAGGAAACAAACUAACCCAGGGUAUCAUUGGAUUCAUAUGUGGCUCCGAAGGUCUGGAUAGUUCGGGUCUUAGCUCAUCUGCUGCAGUUGGAGUUGCUUACUUGUUAGCUUUCGAAAGAGCAAACAAUCUUGCAGUGCCUCAUAUUGAAAAUAUCGAGUAUGAUAGGCUCAUUGAAAAUGAAUAUUUAGGUCUGAAGAAUGGGAUCUUAGAUCAAUCAGCUAUUCUCCUUUCAAGCUAUGGCUGUCUGACAUGUAUGAACUGUAAGACCAAGGAGCACAAACUUAUACGCCUACCGAAGUACCAAUUCCAUGAUAAUGGUACACAGAAAGCUUACAAGAUAUUGUUAGCAUCUUCUGGCUUGAAGCAAGCAUUGACAAGUAAUUCUGGAUAUAAUUCCCGUGUUGCAGAGUGUCGCGAGUCUGCAAGACUUCUUUUACAUGCGUCUGGGAAUGAAGUCAUGGAGCAUGUCCUAUCGAAUGUUGAACCAGAAAGUUAUGAAUUACACAAGUGCAAACUUGAUCCCACUUUAGCUAAGAGGGCUGAACACUACUUUUCAGAAGAAGUUCGGGUAAAAAAAGGACUUGAAGCAUGGGCUUCUGGUAAACUAGAGGAAUUUGGGAAACUCAUUUCAGCUUCUGGUCUUAGUUCAAUCCAAAAAUAUGAAUGUGGAUGUGAACCUUUGAUACAACUGUAUGAGAUUAUCCUAAGAGCACCAGGAGUGUAUGGAUGUCGGUUCAGUGGUGCGGGGUUCAGAGGCUGCUGCAUUGCAUUUGUAGAUGCAGCCCGUGCAGAGCAAGCUGCAUCUUUUGUGAGGACCGAAUAUCGUAAGGCCCAACCUGAAUUGAUUGGUCAAAUCAGCCCUGAGAAAGCAGUUAUCAUAUGCGACGCGGGUGACUGUGCUCGGGUAAUUUGAUUCUGUGAGUCUUCACAUCCUUAUUCAUUUGGUUAAUUUUUAUAACUUUUUUCCCUUUCUUAUUUCUCAAGUUUAUUUUACUAUUAAAUUCAUUUGUGAUUUCAUAGAAAAAAGUUCAUUUGAUCUUUUUCCCCCAUAUUUUUGUGUAACUAUAAAGUGUGAGCAUAAAUAAAACUAAAAUAAAAGUAACCUUUUUGCA